AUGCAUUCGUCGAGCUCGCCCGGCCUUGCUCGGCUCCACCAUCUGCGCGUCCGCGCUGCUCUGCUGCUCCGCUUGCUGCCGUCGCCCCAGCCAGCUCCCGCUCGUGCUCGCACCAGCCGCAGCCGGCUCCCCCCCGUGCUGGCUGCUCCGCGUCCGCGCAUGCCAGUUCCCUUCUCCGCGGCAGUCCUGCUGCCUCAUCCGGUCGUCCCGAGGACCGUCUCGUCGCUCCGGUCGGCUGCGCCGUCCGAGCCGGCUGCUGCCGUGCUCUGUCGUCGCUCCUCCGCCUGCGGCCGGCUUGGCGCAUCGGGGCCGGCUCCUGUGUCGCCCCGCUCUGCCGCCUCCCGCAGCAUGCUGCGUCCGGCUGCUGCUCUGCACCUCCACGCGCACUGGCCGGCUCCCCCGCUCCCUCGCUGCGUGGCUGCCGCGUCGCGUCCGCCUGCUGGCGCGCCUCCCGUAGCACGCCGCGUCCAGCCGCCCUCUCCGCCUUCGCGCCACGCCUCUGCGGCCGCCUUGGCCUCCGCCCGUGGCCAGGCCGGCUGCGUGCCCCAAGCCGCGCCGGGCUCCUCGCUCCGACCCCCGCUGCCCUGCGCGGACGCCGCUUGGGGCCUUAUCGCGCGCGCCCGGCUGCCUGAACCGCUAGCGCACCCCCGCCUCCCGCUGCGCUGCCUUGCGCCGGCCUCCGCCUGUCCCCGUGCGCCCCGUGUUGGCUUCCGCACCGCCUGCGCCGACUGCCCGGACGCGUCUCUUCGCCCCCGCCUUCACGCGCCGGCCCCGGGCCGACUUCCCAUCGCCAGCACUGGCUCCGGCCCCGCCGCACCCGCUGCUCCUGGUUGGCGGGCUCCCGCCCGCUGCCUAGGCCGGGUGUGA